CACUACUCCUUCCCACGUUCCUUCUGUAACAACAUAUAAAAACACCUCCAUUGACUCCCUCAUUCACACUUCGCUUUCCCCUUUUCCCUCUCAAUUCCACCACCGCUUCUCUCACCGUCGCUGCCGUAACUCCGCCGCACCACACUGCCAUUCCCGGCGUUGCUGUACCUCUCAGGCGACGGUAUAUUUACCAUUUUGCCAUCAAUGGCGCUACAGAGACAACCGAGUGAUCUGAAAAAUAGAGUGAAUAAUUGUCUCAACAGAUUAUCCGACCGUGAUACGCUCGCUGUUGCGAUAAAUGAACUCGAGUCUAUAGCUCGAGGACUUAAAUGUGAAGGUUUUAGUACAUAUCUGAGUUGUAUUUCAAGUACGGAUUCUUCAGAUAAAUCUCCGGUACGUAAGCAAUGUGUUAGGCUCAUUGGCGUGCUCUCCUCAUGUCACGGCGACGCACUUUCACCGCAUUUAUCGAAAAUGCUCAAUACUGUACUCAAACGACUUCGUGAUCCUGACUCUGCUGUUCGCUCUGCUUGUGUUGAAGCUGUUUCAUCCAUUGCAUCGGAGAUCACUCAACCGCCCUUUUCGUCAAUUUUGAAGCCGUUAAUCGACGCUAUAAUGCAUGAACAGGAUAUUAACUCGCAGAUCGGAGCUUCGCUUUGUCUUGCAGCAGCGAUUGAGGCUUCACCUGAUCCUGAACCGGUUGAGCUGAAGAAAGUGUUGCAGAAGUUGUUGAAACUGGUGAAGAACGAUAGCUUUAAAGCGAAACCGGCUUUGUUGUCGCUCAUUGGAAGUAUUGUUAGUGUUGGUGGUGCUUCAAGUAAGAAUGUGUUGAAUAGCUUGGUUCCAAUUACGGCUGAGUUGUUGAGUAGUGAAGAUUGGACUGUACGGAAGGCUGCGGCGGAGACAUUGGGAAGGUUGGCUGUUUCCGAGAGAGAGUUGUUGUCGGAGUUGAAGGCGUUCUGCAUCACGUCGUUGGAUAACAGAAGAUUUGAUAAGGUGAAGGUUGUGAGAGAGACAAUGAAUAGGGCGUUAGAAUGGUGGAAGGAAGUUCCAGGCACUUCAGAUGAUGAUGUUUUGCCUCAAUCACAAUCCAAGUAUUCACCCAAAGAUUGUGGUAGUGGUGCCUGUUCUCCAACUCCUUCCAAAAGUUCGAGUGAUACAGCCAUGGAAACCCCUCAGCCGAAGAAAGCAAUCCACUCAACCAAGUCACUUGCAUCCAGUAGUUCUUCCUCGAUCACCUCCCAGAAAAAUGGUUCUAUUAGGUUCCGCCGCACAAAAUCAAAUGUUACAAGCUCCUGUAAGCUGGAUUUUAGAAAAUCCCCUGAUGCAAAAGCAAAGCACACUGUUUCACUGGCUUCUUCAUUGGAGGUAGCUUGUGAAGAACAGAAGUGUCAAAAUCUUAGAGUUCAAGAUCCAAUGGAUACAGUUAGUUGUAGCAGUUCAAGCUCAGAAGUAAAGUCGUCACCUCUAUUCGACAGACCACCUGAUAAAAGGUUCCACAGAUAUGGUAAUUCACAGCUUGGUUCUCGGGUUAUUCCACUCUUUGGGGAAUACAAUGACAACAUGGAUGUACCUGAUGAAAACAUCAAUGAGGAUGCACCCUUGAGUCAUAGAGAGUACGAGAAUUUCUGUUCCGUCCGUAAACAACUUCUUCAGAUUGAAAAUCAACAGUCCAGUUUAUUGGAUCUUCUCCAGGGAUUUAUUGGCAGCUCGCAAAAUGGAAUGAAUUCCUUAGAGAAACGUGUAAAUGGUUUGGAGAGAUUACUUGAUGAAAUGCAACAUGAUUUGGCAAUAACAACAGGAAGGAUUUCAGAUACUGAUUUUACUGGAAGUACAUGUUGCAUGAUCCCUCGUGCAGAAUUUUUGAGUCCUAAGUUUUGGAGGAGUUCAGAAGGGCAAGAUUCAAAUUCAAGAAUAUCUUUCUCCACCGGAAGCCAGAAUACCGCGUAUAGUCAGACAGAUGCUACCAAUCGGAAUAAGAAUGUAUCUUCAGCAAAGAAGAUGGGUGUCACUCGGAAUGAACGUGACUUAGCAUUACCUUCUUCCUCUGAUAGAAGAAAAGAGAGAAUAGCUCGAGAUGAUGAAACUGCAAGUUUUUGUCAUGUCAGUAGGCUUAAUGGGGCAUCAUUCGCUAAUUGCAUACAGCAGGAAACUUGAGCCUUCGGUGACUGUUUUUCUUUAGCUUGAUGUGAAGAUAGUUUGAUUAUUGAAGACAUACUUGUCUGCUUUCUCUAAUCAUCGCAAUGCUUUAAGUCGUCUUUAAUAUUAUAAGUUCGAAUAAA